AUGAGCUCCAAGGUUCUUAAACUUCUUGCCGUCGCCGGCCUUCUUUCGGCAUCCGUGGCGUGUUCGACCGAGUCUGAAGUGGAAAUUACCUUUUACGGGUAUCCUGACAACGAUCCUCCCAGCGCGGACAUUGCCUAUGAUUGUGGUCGUGGUUAUACGGCAGGUGGCACCGGCACGUAUGAUGACCCUCUCACCUUUGCCACUGCUCCUGGGGAGUUUGAAAAGUGUGAGAUCAUCUAUCUGCCGUACCUUCGCAAGUACCUCCGCUUCGAGGAUACAUGCGCGCAGUGCAGUAAUGUGCCUCCGCUAACAGAAACAGCUACCGAUUAUGACAACGGCAAGCUCCAUAUCGAUAUUUGGACUGGGUCUACUGAAUCCAGUGGUGGCGAUACCCAGAUUGACUGCGAAGAUUCCUUGACCCCGGAUGAUUCUCAAACCGUCAUCAUCAGCCCGGGAACAUCUUACACCGUCAACUCGGACGAGCUGUUUGCGAGCGGCAAAUGCUAUACAUCGAACAUUUAUAGCAGUGCCGACGCUUCCAGCUACUGCAGUUCCGGUUCUUCGGGUUCGAGCUCAAGCUCUGGCUCCGGCUCUGGCUCCUCCUCAUCUUCCUGCUCCUGGUCAGGCCAUUGUGCCGGUGCUUCCUGCUCAACUGAGAACGACUGCUCCGACAACCUCACCUGCCAGAGUGGCAAGUGCGCCUGAUCACAGUACUACUGCCGCGGUAGCUGGACCGACUUUGUUGGACCAAGGCGCGUGACACAGGACAGGACCUUCCACAUUGUGCGAUCAUAUGAUACAAUCUGCUUCUUUCCCUCUUUACCUCAGGCCAUCAAAACCCUGAGAAGUGAGCCUAAGAGGAUAAGUAAGUAUUACAUAGCCACGGACUCGCUACCACUGGCCAUUUCAAGCAGAAUCUGUUCAACUACAAUGGAACCAUGUAAAUUAAAGCUAUCUGUC